AUCCCCGUGUAAAAUGCUGCGUUUACUCUUUCCCGUUUCCAUGGCAUUGCUCGCCGUAGUUUUGAUCCAAAGAGGUGAAAGCGCUUGCAAGAAGUGCGCCAAGGGAACCGACAACCCAAGCUGCAACAUGAACUUCACGUCAACGUUCCCUGAAGAUGCCAGCUUGUGUGACAAAGUAAAGAAUAGCACUACAAAUGGUGAUUUGUGCAAGAGCUUUCCCUCGGGCUACAGGCUGGUCUGUGACAAAAACGUCACGUGUGAUGGCACCUGCUCCGCUGCCAUGGCAACAGGGAUAAACAUGUUCACUCCAGUUGUACUUGUGGCGCUUGUACUUCUCUAUAUAAGUCCAUGAAGAAGUCGUAUUUCCUUGAACAAUGACAUGUUGAACUUUCCUUUGCAAUAUUGCAGUUUAAUGCAUUUUGCAACGAAACGAUUUUUUAAUUUUGUUUUGAUACUUUCUCUCUGCAAUAAAGAAUGUAUAUUAACAUACCUGUACAAUGCUCUCUUCCUCUCAAAUUCCAUGUAAAAGUGUAUGUAAACAUCAACAAACCUGUAAGGUAUUCUAGAAGUACUUAGUGUUACACUCCUUUUGCAGUUUCAACAUUCUGGUGACUUUUUUGUUAUUUUAGGAGUAUUUACAAUACCUGUCCCCAAAGUCAUUCAUUCUUUUUUCACUCUCUCUCUGCUUCAUUUUUUCUCUCUCUGAUUACGUAUGAUGAUAAUUGUUGUGCUUGAUGGAAGCUUGGUGGGAAAAAUGUCUACGAGAUCAAACUAUUUGGUUUCCCUUUUUAAAGUUUGUUUGGUAAUAGGCUUAUGUUGAUUAAGUUGUCAGUACAAAAAAAUUCUAAAACAUAGGUUAAUUGAUGGAAAAUGUGGAAAACAUGAAACAAAAUUAUCAGGCCAAAGGUGUACAUUUUCAUUUUUGUUUAAUAGAAAAAACAUCUCCCUGGGCAAAAUGAUAUGCACAACAUGGUUUGAUGACCUACCCUUUUCUCUGUAAUGAACUCAUCCAGUGAUAAGCGAUACAUUAGAGAAAGAGUGGGUUGUCACAAGGAUUCAUUGACUAACACCUUUCUGAAUCAAUAAAGAAUAUCAUCAAUA